GGCUCAUUGGGGUCAUCACGACAGCAUCAAUUUCAACACAACUAACAACAAACAAAGCAUGUCUCUGCACUCUGUCUGUAGAGAAGCCCGCUUCUACAAUUUAGUCUCGACCAGAAAUGAAUAUGAAAGGGAAAGAUCAUUUUCAUUGCUGCAUUAGCAUUGAAUUGAUUUGAUGAAACUAUUAUGUCGAAAACAAUCAAUACGCUAUUUAUUUGCGCGGAGACAUACGGAGAGGAAGCAACCUUGAAGAACGAAGGAAGGAAACCGGUGUUCAAAUUUUAGUUUCUGUAGGAAUAUCGAGGACACCUGUCCGAGAUAGGGAUAAAUAGUGGUUACUUCCAAACAACAGUGAUCCGAGCCUAGAAAACAUGCUUUUCGUUAACGAUUCUUCGUGUAUCCUCUAUCAGUACCAACAACAACAUUUUUUUCGGUACUCUAUCAGUAUCAGCAUUUUUCUGCCGUGUUCUUGUUCCUCGCUUCUUUAGAUUUUUUCGCAUUCUUUUCCUUGUUGAAGUUGAUUUUGUUCCUUGUUGGUUGCGAAGUGAAUCUUUUCCCAUCUUUACAGAAAAAAGAUGACGCAUGACAUUGGCGCUGCUUUUUCUGACGAGAUGAACGUCAAGGAGGCGAAGAACGUUUAUUGCAUUCGACAUGGCAUCAGUCUGCACAACGUGCUGUAUGAAAGAGCGAAGACGAGAUUAUGCUUUAAUAAGUUUAAUUUUUGAGGGAAAUUUUGCUCUGGAAGACAAGUUGUUAGGUGAUAGAACUUGUUAGGUGAUACUUAUGCUCUGCGUGGUGGUCUCAAUUACUUAGAAGGGUUGCGAGUAUCCAUUUCCAUAUCCAUUGUGUUUUUUUCUAAACUUCUGAUUUCUGAGACAAAUCAUUUGCGCGUAUUAUAUUCGACUACUCUACUUCACUUCGACUACAGCCAGUACUUCUACUACGUUUACGACAACUAGUACUUUGUGCGGACCUACCUAUGUAUACCAGAGUGAGGUCGUGCGUGGCUCUUACUAUCUAUAAGUGCAGUUGCCUACUGCUACUACUCCUACACCUUAGACUAGUCCGUCGUGUCCCGAGUAGUAGCAUCUAAAUGCCGACGUAUACUACACCGAAGAGGUGCAUGAUUCGCCCUUGCUGAGGCAGGGGCAUCUGGAGGCACAGGCUUUCGGAGAAAAAUGGGGGGCGAAGAAUACAGUGGAUGUCGCGUUUGUCUCCACGUCGUCAAGGGCACUGAUGUUAAGAGACAUUUAGACACUGUUAGUUUUUUUGAUGAGUGAGUGAAUCGAAUCGCUGAAAGAUGGAAAGUAAGUACUUACGUGGUUUGUGAAGAGGAGCUACCCAGUAACCCAUGCGCGAGUACCUACUAGAGCAUACUUUUGCUCGACGACCUUCUUGAUAGCUCAUUUUUUCGAUCCCUAAGAAAGACCCUGUCCAAUAUAUGGCGAAAGGAGAUCCAAGCCGCCGGCUUUGCGUUCCCAGAGUCCUGGGGAAAAUCCGACUAUGAAGACGGCCGACUUUGGAAUUGGACAGAAGAAGUGAAGAGGGUACCACUUACUUCUAUCCAUUGGGAGGCACUUAAGUUUAAGGAUUACCAUAUUGGAUUCUUCACUACCAUCCUUGACCUUGACUUUUUGUUUUUUUCCAGUAGGAAAAGGGUCAGGGAUGAUCUGAAGAAUGCAAUGAAUGUCGCAACCUCUAAUAAGUACACUUUUUCGAGGAAGUGGAAAAGGAGGUAUAAUUAUUUGCCAUCGUGUGCAUACUUAGAAGAGGUCACUGGAGAAGGGUGAAGGCAUCAUUUGUGAUCGGCUCCCUUUCCACUUCCAUUUUGAUAGAUUGUGUGUGAUGAAAUUGGGCGGAAGGCGAAGGGAUCAAGAAAGCACGUACUCUACUAGUACUACUUAAUAGCUCGUGGUGAUCCUCGCUCGAUUUGGAUUAUUUUCCCUUUCUAUUUUUAGAAUCCGCUGUCGGCAACUAGAAGUGAAGAGCUGCGCGAUAUUCUGCGAGAAAAAUUUGGGAUAGGCUUUUACGCAACGGACCACCUACGAGAAUUUGCCAUGGGGAUUCCAGCGAAUCUGCGGAAAACACGAAAAGAGUUGGAAAUACUCUAUCCCUGGAUUGACUUUUUUAUGAUAGAACGAUGAAAACAAUUCGGUUUAGUUAAUCUGCCGGAGACGUUACUCACGUCGUUAAGCAGUCGGUCUUAAGUAGCUGCCGUGUCUCUACCCGGGUCACAACGGAACCAGGCAGCUGUUACAGUUGCUACGUGGUUCGAAUGAAUGAAUGAAUGAAGAGGGCUGCUCUUUUUCUUAAUAAGAUUAACGUUGUUACUGUUAGACCUAGUUGCUGACACUCUAGAAGAGGGUGGCUCUUCCACAAGUUGUGGACCACAACUUCAAUGUGAUAAUGUCUCAGCGGUGCUUACGUUAAACUGCGACAUGGACGCAAACAUUUGACACAAGGUUAGCACUCUUGUUACUGUUAGACCUAUAGUAUAGUCGACACGACUCUAUUAGAGAUAGAAGAAGCUACUUUUCAUUAACGUAGCCGCUAUCUGUGCCUGCUCGUCAAAGGAAAGCCUACGAUUUGAGAGUAGUUGUAGAUCAUACUAGUACGUUGUAGUUGUAGAUCAUACUGUUGCAUCUAAUUUAAAGAGUUAGUACAACGUCUCCAUGAUUCAUGCCACCUUUCGUAGAGCAUAACGAGGACUUCUACUACUACUGGACCCUGGAUGCGUCGCUGAAUGGCGGGUUCGAACCGACUGUGUACUUAUGGCGUGAAGUAGGCUUGUUUGUGUUUUUGUGUCAAGUAGGUGUUUUUAAGUAUUGUAUUUGUACGACGUGUAUAAGUAUUGUGUUGUUCAAGCUCUACUGGGUGUUGAUAAGUCGGUCUAUAAAUUACAUUCUUGCUUGACUGUCUUCUGAGCACGUGCUAUAUGUUGAAUUUAUUUUGAUGUGGACGAAUAAGUCGUUAAAUAUGAAACGAAAAUCUGUUAUCAUUAUCAAGUUUCUUAAGUAGAAAAGUACGAUAAUGAUAAGAGAUUUUGGCUUCAUAUUAAAUAGACUUAGCCACUACUGACAUUCUUUGAUUGUCUUCUGAGGACCUAAGACUAUACAUAGUAUGAGUUUUUCGACUCCUCUAAUCUACAGCUUGAAAGAGCAGCCACGCAAUGGCACUACAACACAAGAGAGCGAAAACAUAGCAAACGGAAGUAGCAGUUGGGCAAAAAGGGCUGCGAAACGCCAAGACUUGGUGAUGGCGAAGCCACCACCGUUCGAUAGCCCAGAAGAUGACUGCGGAAGUGAAUAUAUUAAGGCGUUGAUGUACGAGUACGUGUAGUAAGCGGGUCUUUUUGAUAGGUAGUGUGCGUGUAGGAAAAGGUUGAUUCUUCAAGUCGGUGCUGGUGUUGAGGUGCUGGCGGACGUUUAAUAAGACGGUCUGUGUGCUAAGAAUAGGUUUAGGUAGUACUAUGAUAGGUAAAAUAGCUGAAGCAGGAGUUGCGACCUUCUUUCUUGCUUGGGUAGUAGAACAGUGGGGAGAAUGGGCAGAACUUUCAGGUGCGGCCCUAAUGGGUUCACCAGAGGCCAUUCAAUAGCCUAUAGAUUGCAUCUUCUAGUAUUAUUCGGUAGAUGAUAAGAAGCAUUCUUGUUAUUUGCCUAUUCAUCAAUUAGCCUCACGAUGAAGAUAGCUGGCAAUGACAUGAUCCAUCUACAAGAACUACUUCUAAGACAUCAAAGACCGAAGGUGCUGGCGUUGUGAAGGUCCUGAUCGAAUCUGAGGCUGCCACAGGAGAGCGUUGUAGGCGGUUUAAGCAUCUGGUUUUGACAGAUCCUAUAGCGCAACGAGCAAAGCAGAUCGCAGUCGUUGCUCAUUCCGGUAUACUUUUAUGAUAUGCAGCAGCAGUCAUAUCUUCUUUUUUCGUCCCCCUUUGCACUAAAAACUGUUGUGAUAUUGGAGAUGGUGCCUUCUAUGCCCUCUAGCACUUGUAUGCUAAGACAGUAAGCGUUGUGGCUGCAGCUAAUUCAGUAGUUACAAAUAGAGGCACGGCAGCGGCAGGUCCACUUAGCGCUAGUAAUCGUAGUGAUCGAGGCACAACGCCUCUACUAGUUCUUGUGACAGCACACACUACGACUACUGCUGUAAUAAAAGUUGCAGUCUGUCGUGAUUAACAUAUCAUACCUUUCCCAUUAUAGAGUGGAUUAUAUGAAUAUGUCACUCAUUUACCUUGUCUUACAAAAAAGAUUCCUUGUUUCGUCAAGGCGACAAAGUUUAGAAGAUUAUUAGUUUGUGAUUAUGCCACUCAUCUACCUCGUCUGACAAAGAAGGCUGACAAAUAUGUCUCUGUCUAACAUUGGGACUGAUGAUGUUCGGCCGCGUCCCAUUGGAGAAGGAACAACUGGAGCACGCCUACCCUUACGAGUACCGCGUCGACCAAGAAGGGCAGAGCGCAGAAGUCCCGUACGAAAAAUGGGGAAAAAUUCGAUUCAUUUCUUAGUGCUUUUUGUGCGAUGUCGGAAAAGAAGUAGGAUUCGACUCAUUUCUUAGGUCACAUGGAAUGUGCCCUAUGACCAGUGGGGAAAGAUUCGAUAAUAUCGAUUCAUUUCUUAGGGAAUCGUUCGGAGAAACGACUUCACUGAGUGGCCUCACAUGUAGAUGCGAAAUGCUACGCACGAGGUGCGGCCAGGACGUGACAUAUGUCGUGGAAAAGGAGUUAGUAUCGGCAAGGGGGACCAUUGCGGUUAUUGGAUGGUCAAGAACCUGGAAAAAACGAAGGUCGUUAUGAAUAGCAGCACACGGAUACGGAAAGCGCACUUGUUUCAUGCCUUGAGAAUUCAGAUACAAGCUUGACUAUACUCGCUCAUCUCGGACUACACUGAGCAGAAUG